GUUUAUUUAUUUGGCUGGAUAAAGAGACUAGUUUUACCACAUGUAGAAUGGAACCAAUAGCGAGGAAAGGAACAAAAGAAAAUAUGGAAGAUGGUGUUCCAGAAGCAGAUAAUCUCUUGCGUAACAAAGAUAAAACAGAACAAGAAGAAGAGAAGGAGAGUAAUGGUGGGAUCUUGAACAAUCUGAUAUACAACUUGAUGGCUGCAACAGCAACACCAGCAACAACAACAAACACAACCGUAGACGACAAAUCUGGUGAAAAUAGUCAGAAAUCUGAACGUGAAGAUGAAGAUGAGAAGAAGAAAGAGAGUACAGGUUCUGGAAUCUUAGAAAAGAUUAUUUCUCAUCUGCCAGAAGAUGCAGUUCCAACAACAGAGGAAGCAUCCAUUCUGAUUCACUCUGUGAUUGACUGAACAAGACUUCAACUACAGCUCAUUUCCAUCGUUCUUGUUGUUGUGACUUGUGAUGUGAUUUCGUUAUUUCUCUUCACAAAAAGCGCUUUGUUUUUUUUUUCUUUGGGCAGAAACGCUUUGUUUAUCUAUUGAAACCUUUUUCAAGGCUAGCGUUUGAAGCCAUCAUGGUCUUCUUGUCUAUUUUCUUAGCUCUUUUUGUUUUUUGAAACAAAAAUAAAAAAUCUUUACUUGGAUCUGUUUAUGUUCUUGAUACCUUUUCUCUCAAUUCCC